AUGGCCAUGGUGAUGGCGGAGUGGUGGGAUGCGGCGACGGCGGCCGUCGCAGCGUACACGGGGAUGACUCCUACGGCGUUCUUCACGGCCGUGGGGGUGGCCGCGGCGCUGUACGUCGCGGUUUCAGGACUGCUCGCGCGGCCGGCGCAGACGUCAACGAGGAGGGAGGAGGUGGCGGCGGAGGAGAGGGCGUUCGAACCACUGCCGCCGCCGGUGCAGCUCGGCGAGGUGACGGAGGAGGAGCUGCGAGCUUACGAUGGGUCCGAUCCCAAGAAACCGCUGCUCAUGGCCAUCAAGGGCCAAAUCUACGACGUCACGCAGAGCAGGAUAUUUUAUGGACCUGGUGGCCCGUACGCAUUGUUCGCUGGCAGAGACGCAAGUAGGGCUUUGGCAAAGAUGUCAUUUGAAGCAAGUGACUUAACUGGUGACAUUUCGGGGUUAGGUCCGUUCGAGGUGGAGGCCUUGCAAGAAUGGGAGCUCAAAUUCAAGAGCAAGUAUGUUACGGUUGGAAUAAUCAAGAAGACUGUUCCACUCUCAGAGGGAGAUACUGCAAGGAGCGCUGUGACAACUGAAAGAGACAUAGAUGCAAGCACUUUUGAAAGCAACAAUGUGCCAGAACCGAAGGAAACUGGAAUGACAAACCAAGGGAGUGUAGCGGAGAAGAUAACAGAAUCACCGGAUGUCGAUGUUAACACAAGCUCCCAUGAAGAUACAGAGGAGAAGGCAAAUGAAUUGCCAGAUUCAGAUGUGACAAAUACGAGCAACCAAGUUGAUGCAGUGGAGAAGCCAGAGGAAACACCAAACGCAAUUGUAAAGAACAGGAGAAGCAUUGAAGAUGCAGUUGAGCCAAAGGAAACACCUCAGGGAGUAGAUGGGAAAGAUACAUGUGAACCUGAAGACGCAACAGAGAAGCCAGAUGAAGCAGCAGAUGCCGUAGAAUUAAAGAACACAACCAGUCACGAGGAUGCUAAGCAACCAAAGGAAACACGGAAUGAAGAUGAAAAGGAUGUAAGCAGCCAUCAGCAUGGUGAGGAGAAUCCAAAAGAAAAUUCAGAUGCAGAGGUCAAGAAUGCAUAG